GGAGCUCGGGGGAGCGGGAGGGAACGUGGAGUUCUCCCGAUCAGCAGUGUGGGAUGUCUGGGCACUGGAAGUGUGAGGAGUGGGCACCGCUGCACUAGAAGGGCACCAUGAACUCCCAGGGAGGGGCUGUCCUCAUGGAGGACAAAGAUAUUUUCUACAAUCUUUCUGCAUCUUAUUGGCCAACUACAAUGGAAAACACCUCGUGGCUGAAUACAACGAGCAUUGAUACGCAAAGUCCAAAUUAUACGAUGGGGUCUAGAAGCCCGUACCAAACAAUGGAGAUGAUUUUCAUUGCCACAGUAACGGGCUCACUUAGCUUAGUCACUGUGGUGGGAAACAUUUUGGUUAUGCUUUCCAUCAAGGUCAAUCGACAGUUGCAGACAGUGAACAAUUAUUUUCUCUUCAGCCUGGCUUGUGCAGACCUUAUUAUUGGUGUUUUUUCCAUGAACCUCUAUUCCGUGUACAUUAUUAAGGGGUACUGGCCUCUUGGUCCUAUUGUGUGUGAUUUGUGGCUGGCUCUAGACUAUGUGGUCAGCAAUGCUUCUGUAAUGAACCUUCUUAUCAUCAGCUUUGAUCGGUAUUUCUGUGUUACCAAACCAUUGACUUAUCCAGCUCGAAGAACCACCAAGAUGGCAGGUCUGAUGAUUGCAGCUGCAUGGCUCCUUUCCUUUGCCCUUUGGGCACCUGCUAUUCUAUUCUGGCAAUUCAUUGUGGGUGAGAGGACAGUGAAGAAUGAUGAAUGCUACAUCCAGUUUCUUUCUAAUCCAGCAGUCACUUUUGGCACAGCCAUCGCAGCCUUCUACCUUCCUGUAGUCAUCAUGACUAUACUGUAUAUUCACAUUUCGUUGGCCAGCAGGAGCAGGGUCCGCAGGCAUUGUCCAGAUGUUCGACAAGAGAAGAAGAAACCCAUUAGCUCUAUGAAAAGUCCUUUAAUAAAACAAACCAAGAGUCCUCCCAAACCUGAGCCUUUGGAAGCAAAACCAGAAGAGGAGAAUGGAGUGAGAAAUGGGAAAAUAGAGAAGUCUUUGACCAACCUCCAGUCCGUGGAAGAGAAAGAGACCUCGAAUGAAUCAAGCACAGCCAGCAUGAAUCACAAUCCUCCAGAUAAGCAGUUGAGUAAUACAUCGUCUGGUGUUGUCUUGGCCCCUACUCAGAGUAUACAGUCUUUGCACCCAAGGGCGAAUGCUGCUUCAAAGUGGUCAAAAAUCAAGAUUGUCACCAAGCAGACAGGCAAUGAGUGCAUAACAGCCAUAGAGAUUGUGCCCGAAUGCUCAAUACCUUUGCACAAAGAUUCUUCUGGCUUGCCAAAUACUCGUCCAGGCAAUGUGGCACGGAAGUUUGCAAGCAUUGCCCGCAAUCAGGUGAGAAAGAAACGGCAGAUGGCAGCUAGAGAGAAGAAAGUUACCAGGACCAUUUUUGCCAUUCUGCUAGCAUUCAUCAUCACAUGGACGCCUUACAAUGUCAUGGUCCUCAUAAACACAUUUUGUGAGACUUGCAUCCCUGAAACAAUGUGGUACAUAGGCUAUUGGCUCUGCUACGUGAACAGCACAAUAAACCCAGCUUGUUACGCUCUGUGCAAUGCCACCUUCAAAAAGACCUUUAAACACCUCCUCAUGUGCCAGUACAGGAACAUUAAUAUAGCCAGAUAGGCAUUGUAAGCACUCACUAUCAUGAUGAAAAACAAAACAUUCAUGGAAUUUAUAGACUUUCCUGAGCAAAAGUCCAGAGUGGCUCAUGGAAUGCUGUACAAAGGGACAUUUGUUGGUUCAGCAGCAGGAUUGUAGGUAGAUAUUAAUCUAACGCAAUCGGCAUUCUCUUUAAAAGAAAGUCCUGUUUUGGAGGACACAAUUUAAAGCAAACCUAAAGGCUAAAAACAGUUUUGACUUGAAGACAGAUGUACCAUAUCUUAAACAAAGAACUAUACAAAUGAUGGUAUAGUACUAAGUGGAAGCUUAGCAGGAAAACAGAUUCUCGUGAACAGUCACCAGUUGGUUGGCCUUGUUGUAGACCUUCUUUAGACCAUCUUGCAAAGCAUGUUAUAUCGAUGCUGUUACAGUCUUGCAGAUCAUUAAUCUUUGAUGAGUAAACCAAUCAGUGCUCUGCUGUAUAGACUUUGUUUCUGCACUUAAAACAUUUCUGUAGUAACGGUUUAAAUAGCCUGUUACACCCCAGCUAAGCAUUUUCCAUAUGCCAAUGUUAUCUACUGUCCUUACCUAUUCUGCAGGCCACCACUAGUCUAUUUCUUGGUAUGACAUCAAAAUCUGCAUACAGCAAUUUCUAUCCUUCGCAAACACUCAUUUGGAUAGACCUUUUGGGAUGGUCUAAUCUUUUGGUGCAAGCAAUUCAGAAAAAAGCUUCUGGUCAUUCUACAGUAGCUAAAACUUCCUUUGAGCCCUCCUAGGAUGUCAAGUUAUGAAGUUGGUUGAUUUUUGGACUAUAUUUUACCAGACUUGUAGAUCAGGCUUUUUUUCCAUCCAGUUUAGAUCAUUUCCAAAAAUAUACAAUUUGACAACAUAGUCCAGGCAGAGCAUUUAUGAGAAAAUACGUGAAAAUCAAACAGCACUUCCUGUUGGCCACGCCAUGGAUUAACUUCAGGUCACAAGAGUUAUAAUAAUUUAAUAAUGAUAUAGUUCAGGUUUAGAUUUAUUUGCUUGUUACACAAGACAAACAUCUCAGCACUCCUUUGUUAGAUUUUUUUAAUUUGUUGUCUAAAAUAAUUGCUUAGAAGUAGCUCUGAUAUCAGGCUUACUGAAAGUAUAUCUUAACCCCUUAGUUAUGUGAGGACCAACAUUUCAAAGAUCUGUUGAAUUUCCAUCUUAUGCCCCGUACACAUGAUCGGUUUUCCCGUCGAAAAAAGUGCAAUGAGAGCUUUUGGUCGGGAAUCACG